AUGUCCCUCAAGGUCCAUAUCUUCGAUGCCCAUCUUGACAAGUUGAAGGAGAAGAUGGACGAGUACUCGGAGGAAGGACAAGGCAGAAAGAAACAAGAACGCAGGCAAGAGUGCAGGCCGGGGUGCAGAUACAGGCCGGGGUGCAGGCCGAGGUACAGGCCAGGGUGCAGGCCGAGGUACAGGCCAGGGUGCAGGCCCGGGGUGCAGGCCGGGGUGCAGGCCGAGGUACAGGCCGGGGUGCAGGCCGGGGUGCAGGUCGAGGUACAGGCCGGGGUACAGGCCGGGGUGCAGGCCGGGGUGCAGGUACAGGCCAGGGUGCAGGCCGAGGUACAGGCCAGGGUGCAGGCCGAGGUACAGGCCGAGGUACAGGCCGGGGUACAGGCCGGGGUGCAGGCCGAGGUACAGGCCAGGGUGCAGGCCGGGGUGCAGGCCAGGGUGCAGGCCGGGGUACAGGCCAGGGUGCAGGCCGGGGUACAGGCCAGGGUGCAGGCCGGGGUACAUGCCGGGGUGCAGGCCAGGGUGCAGGCCGGGGUACAGGCCGGGGUACAGGCCGGGGUGCAGGCCGAAGUACAGGCCGAGGUGCAGAUGCAGGCCGGGGUGCAGGCCGAGGUACAGGCUGAGGAACACUGA